GAGCGGGCAAGCGCGUAGUCGCGCACCGACCGCUGCAGCGCGCGGCCGCCCUCACCGCUCCCUCUGCACGCAGCUGGCCUCCAAUGACCGCCACGACGCGACGAAACGAAACUCCCGCGAUCUGUGUCCGCGCAGUGCUUACCCCUUUGUGAUAUAUAAAAGCCACUAAUCGGUGCUACUUGAGUGAGUGAUGCCGAGAACGUACGAGAGCCGCACUUGGACGCACUGAUGAUGCCCCAAAUUACAUUAAAUGGGUAUCGCUUCGAGGAGUGAGCGAUGAACGGCGCACUAAACAAAUGAACUGUUAAACUGUGACGUAACAAUAACUUUGACAAAAUGAAAAACAGUGAAGAGUGUUUAGACUGAAAUACAGACUUAUAUAAAAAAGUGUGAUAUUUAAAGUUAUUCAAAAUUAGAUAUAGUAAUUUGUGUAUAACUCAAUUUAUAUUAAACAAUUAUUGUAAAUAUAACAGUGAUAAAGGAUUAUAAACUAAAAGAGAAGAUAUAAUAGUGAAACUGGUUUGAUUGGCUUACUUAUUGGAGUGUAGAGGCCGCACAAAUCUUCGUCGCGGCGACGGUGGCCAUCGCAGGCAUGGGAAUCAAAGUCAUGAUGAAAGCUUUCAAUAAGCCAAAGGACAUCCCAUCGCAGGUGCCGCCGCUCACGCCCGGCACCAACAAGAAGAUGGCCGAGGCGCUGAAGGCCACCUUCGCCUCCUGGGAGAAGGAACAGCUGCGCCUCGGCGUGCCCAAAGAUCCUCGUCAAUGGAGCGAGGCAGCGGUGGCGGCGUGGCUGCGCUGGGCGGCGCGCGAGUUCUCGCUCGAGGGCGUCGCGCUGCAGCAGUUCGCGCGCGCGCAGGGAAAGGACAUCUGCGCCAUGGGACGGGACGAGUUCGUAGCUCGAGCACCCGCCUUUAUGGGAGAUAUUCUAUGGGAACAUCUCGAAAUAUUACAAAAAGAUGUGGAGAAGGAGCGUUCUCUGAUCGCGAACGUGCCACCGAACAUGUACGAGAGCAACGUGUGCUUGCCCGAGCUCGCCGAGUACAUCCCCCCGCCUGCGCACCACUACAACAAUAAUAAUACUGGUGGCUACACGACCGGCGGUCCACGGGAAACGGGCACCUACUACCCCGAAGCGAGCGGCGCUGCCUCCGCGCCGGGCGCUUCGCCCCUCGAAGAGUACUACCCGCCGGAGUACCCAUCCGGAGCGCCCGCCGCGCCGCCGCAGCCCUACCUCGAUGACUACUACCACCAUGCGCACGCGCACGCGCAGCCCCUACUCACGCACGAACAUAAAUACCAACCGCACACUUAUAACAAGCCAUACCCACGAAACAGCGGUGGUCGGUACGGCGGCGGCGGCGAGGUGUACGGCGAAGGCUACGCGGCGGAAUAUGGCGGCGCGUGCGAGUGGGCCGAGUGGCCCGCUGAGCAGCACGCGCUGCUGCCUCAGGACAAGCUGCCCUACCCCGCCACCGGGCCAUGCUUCACCGGUUCAGGGCCCAUCCAACUAUGGCAGUUUUUACUGGAGCUGCUGACGGACAAGAGCUGCCAGGGCUUUAUCUCCUGGACCGGCGACGGCUGGGAGUUCAAGCUAACGGACCCCGAUGAGGUGGCAAGGCGUUGGGGCAUCCGCAAGAACAAGCCCAAGAUGAAUUAUGAGAAGUUAUCCCGCGGCCUACGCUAUUACUACGAUAAGAACAUCAUACACAAGACCGCCGGCAAGCGUUACGUCUACCGCUUCGUCUGCGAUCUACAGAGUCUGCUAGGAAUAUCUCCUGAACAAUUGCACGCCAUGUACGAGCCUAAGAUGGAGAAGAAGGACGACGAUUGAAGCGACCAUCGUCCGAGUUAAAGCCAACAAGCGCAAGUCACAAGCAAGCCCACAAAUGAGACACAUUUUACUUCAGAUCAUCGAUUUUUAUUUCAAUCACUUAUUUAUCUUUGAAUUUUAUACUCAUAUUUUAUUAUGGCUGUAAUUAGAAAGGGCAGCGCCUUUUAAGAUAAUAGAAGUUCUAAAUUAAAAUGACACAUUUGUACAGACUAGUUUAUGUAACUGCAUUCGUUGAAUGGUGUUUCUUUACAAGAGAAAGAAAAGAAAACUGCAGUCGUCCCUUUCAUUAUCUUUGGAAAAACAGAGACAACA